AUGACAAGGUUCUUGGGAACCAAUUUCAUGUUGACCUGCCAUCAUGUGUAUUCAGGUCUACCUUUCAUUCUUUGGGCCCGUAAACAUGAGGAUCCGAGGGAAGAGAAGCAACAGCAGGACCAGGUGCAGCGAAAACAGGGGCAGUCACAAGAGCCACAAGGGGAGCCGAAACAGCAGCAGCAGCAAUCCACUCGAGCACAGAACCAAGAAGAAGCUUAUGAGGCGGUUCAACAGGCACAGAAUCAUGAAGCAGCACCUUCAGCCGCCACCACCACCGCCGCUGCUGUCAGUGGUGAUGCGGAGCAGAUGGUUCGUGAGUUGCGAGAGAGCAGUGCGAGACUGAAGGCGGUAGGGCAGGACCCCUUGCCUGACGCACUACGAUUGGCCGAGGCUGCUAAAGCUCAGUGGUCUGACGAUGACGGGGAGUUGGAAGAGACUCAAGAGCCAGCUCAACCCCAUGGUCCCAACAACCGGCAUGGCCGCACCAGUAUGCCCGCCACAGUGCACCUACGAACGCCCUCCGCCCCCCACCUCUCCCCUCUCAACCUGCAUGCUGCUUCUCCUGCCACUGCUGCUGGUGCUGCUGCAAGGGGUGGUACGGGGCAGGGUGUGAGUAGGCGGGGAGGCACUGUGACUGCGACUGGGAAGCUGAGGAGGCCCAAGCGGCCGUUCAGUGCGGAGGAGACAGACACACUCAAGAUUGGCGUCAUGAGGUGA